AUGUCUGCCCACCUACAAUGGACGGUCAUACAAAACUGCUCCAGGUUCCUGAUCAAGAGUAACAGGCAGGCGUACAGCCCCAAACCCAAUAAUCUGAAGGUCCACAACUCCUUUUGCUACAACAGGCUGAUUCACCACAAGAUGGUGAGAAUGGAGCCGGCAGCCAGUGGCAAAGAUGUGUGGUGGUUGUCGUGA